AUGACAACAAGACUUGAUGGCCCAGGCCUCACCCUUUUUGUUAUCUCCGUUGUGCUCGUGAUCCUGUCGUGGAUUACGGUGGCUCUGCGGCUAACCAUUAGACGGAAUAUCAAGGGAAUUGGUGCAGAUGACUGGUUGAUGGUGGCAGGUCUGGUAUUCUACACAAUUGCCACAGCAUCAACAAUACUUGCCGUCUUGAAUGGCGUUGGAACAAGGGAUCAGUAUCUGACAGAUGAUGACCUCCAAGAAGGAAAAAAAUGGUUCAUGUUCUUCCAGAUAUUUUACGUCCUCAGCACGGUCCCCAUCAAGUCCUCGAUCUGCGUUGCCCUUAUACGCAUUACGACCCGCAAACUCUUCAAAUGGAUUCUAUACGGCAUUAUCUUCUUCACCAUCGUCGGCUGUCUAGUCACCGACAUUGCGGUAUUAUCAUGGUGCCAGCCGAUUUCAGCCACCUGGGACCCUUCAGCGGGCUCAUGUGCUGAUAAAUCUGUCAUCAUUAAUGUCUCAUACUUUAUCUCAGUCAUAUCGAUACUAACGGACUGGGUAUGCGCUAUUCUACCGGCUUUUAUACUAUGGAAUGUCCAAUUGCGAUACCGUGUAAAACUUUCGGUAGCUAUUGUCCUCGGACUUGGUUUCGUUGCCAGCACUGCAACGAUCGUACGAAUUCGCUACCUCGUAUACUACAGCAUAUCUGAGGAUUAUCUAUACAACAUAGCCAAUAUCGCGAUAUGGUCCAUCGUGGAAUCCGGCCUGGGAAUCGUUGCGGGCUCAAUGGCAACUCUAAGACCGCUGCUGAAAUACAUCCCAUUCCUCCGGACUCUCUCCAGCAGUGGCGAUUCGAAGUCGAAGUCGAAGUCUAGGUCGAAGAAGACUAGCCGCUUCGGACUGAGGUAUAACCAAAACUCGAUCAGGAUGGAUGAGGUUGGAGACGUCAAAACAACCUGCAGAGCCGGAGAAAAUGGCUGGGAUAACUGCUCUGAUGACGCAAGCCAGAAACAUAUCCUGCGCGAUACGACUAUCGUGGUCACAAGCCAUGUGGUGCAGGAAACAGGCGGACGGUCCCAGCAAAACUUGGAGCAAGUUUAA